AUAUGGAAAAACUACUUGAAUCUGAAGUAUCUGAAUUGGAAGAAAAAUCAAAAUGGAAAGUGCCUGAAUCAGAAGUUGCAGAGAUAUUUGAUUUGCGGGGUACUGAAUCUUUCAAUUCCCCAAGAA